GACGCAGUUCAUUCUACUACUGUGACGCCUGUGUUACUCUCACCGUCACUGUUGUAUCGGCUGUGCUGCUGUUACUGUCUCUGUUGUGAAGCCUGUGUUACUCCAGCCUACACUGUUGUGAAGCCCGUCAAAAUGCUUCUCGUUUUAAUCUCAUGCUUGAGCAGUGUAGGGGCUAUGGAAGACCCAAGGUGUGAGCUACAAGCCAGCUGUCAGCCGGGGCAGCUGGUGCCUCACCCCUGGGAGUGUCAUCUCUACCAUCUGUGUGUGGAGGACGGCCGACCUGACCUCGCCAUUCAACGCUGUCCCCAACGUCACUACUUCCAUCCCAUCUCGAGGAGCUGCCUGCAGGAGGACAUUCCUUGUGUCCCACAGUGUCCUCACGUGUGUCCCUGUCCACUCCUCCAUCAGGGAGGUCUUACCCUCGACAACCACGCCUGUCGACCAGGCCAACGCUUCCACAUCGACACCGGUCGUUGCAUCGACACAUCCUGUCUAAAAUUCUGCUCUGACGGAACUAAAUUUCCUCCGCCGUUGGCGCUGGACUCAACACGAAUAUCAAGGAUCGUCAUCAGCAACGCUGACAGUUGCAGUUUCUCCUGCAAUGGGGACUUUAGUAAAUUUGCCGACCAUUAUGACUGUACGUUGUAUUAUGAAUGCUAUCCUGGGGAUGUUGUCAUGCCGAUGCAUUGUCCAGACAGCAAGCCGUAUUUUAAUGGGGAAGACUGUACUAGCAACAGUCAAGCCUGUUGUUCAGAUAUGACAACCACAACAACUGUCACCACUACAACCAAUAUAGUUAUCACAACCCCAGACAGUACUGUGACCACACCGACCCCACAACCAAUAACCACAACUACAAGUCCAACAACUGCAAGCACUACAACAAGUACCACAACUACAAGUCCAACGACUGCAAGUACUACAACAAGUACCACAACUACAAGUCCAACGACUGCAAGUACUACAACAAGUACCACAACUACAAGUCCAACGACUGCAAGUACUACAACAAGUACCACAACUACAAGUCCAACGACUGCAAGUACUACAACAAGUACCACAACUACAAGUCCAACGACUGCAAGUACUACAACAAGUACCACAACUACAAGUCCAACGACUGCAAGCAUUACAAGUACCACAACAACAAGUCCAACGACUGCAAGCACUACAACAAGUACCACAACAACAAGUCCAAUGACUGCAAGUACUACAGCAAGUACCACAACUACAAGUACCACAGCUACAAGUACCACAACUACAAGUCCAACGACUAAAAGUACCACAACUACAAGUACCACCACACUACCCACUCCCACCACAUCCCCAUCCAUGGGCUGCUUACCCGAGCCAGACUGCAGUGACAAGCCACCGGGUGCCAUGGAAGCGGAUCCUCACAACUGCCUGGGUUAUUACGUUUGCUUGGGUAGUGGAAACAUUUAUGAAACUCCAUUGACGUGCCCAGACGGAUACUAUUACAACCCAACUGAUCACAAGUGCCAACAAAUAGUGGAUGGCACAUACCCGUGUCCGCAAGCCUGCGAUGCCAUCUGCCCCUACACCUGCUCCGACAGUGACCGCAUCUACGAUCCUCUAGACUGUUCUAAAUACUACUUCUGUUACGAAGGAAGUCCUCUACACAUGAGCUGCCCCAACCAGACCCCUUAUUUCAACGGUACCUCCUGCACCACUAACUCUGACUCCUGUUGCUCCUACCCCUGCCCACCUUACUGCCCUAAGAAGGGCAAAUGGGUGCCACAUGGCCAAGACUGCCAUAAAUACUACAUAUGUAUAGAAGUUGGCACUCCCUCUGACGACUCACUUCUGACGUGCCCUGACAGUCAAGUAUACGAUUACAAAGUGAGUCAUUGUUCUCCAACUGCAGAGUGUGUUAAGCUUUGCUGAGUUCAGUCGACCUUCGUCACCUGUUUAUUCUAGGUAUUGCUAAAGGACGGAGGACUCGACCCUCCGACGCGUUUCAGUGGAUCAUGUAUACAUAAAUUAUCGCUAUUGACUUUUAUUGAUUUAUACUCAAUAUUUUGUGUUUCAUGUAUUUUUUUCUCUCUCUCUCUUCUUUUUGUUCAAUAAAAUUGCUAGUUAUGA